GGGGGCUAUCGACAUUGGUGGACCAAAAAGAGAAUUCCUUCGUCUCUUAAUGGCCAGUCUGCAAGGUCAUAAGGUCUUUGAAGGACCACAAGACCGUAAAGUGCUGGCUCUGUCUGCCUCUGCUCUCUCUGACGGGGAUUACCAGUUGGCUGGGCGGAUGAUUGCCGUCUCAGUCAUACACGGUGGCCCACCCCCUGGCUUUUUUAGCCCAACCCUCUACGACUGUGUCGCAUAUGACCAUGACAGACGACAAGAUCCAACAAUUGAGGAUGUGGCAGACCUAGAAGUACGCAAACAGCUCGAAAAGAUAAGAGAAGCAAGAGAUAUUGAGACACUUCAAGAAGCAGUCACCGAAGCCUCUUCUUUCCUUAGUUUGGCUGGUUGUCUAAUCCCAAUUAGGAGUGUUAAUGACAGGGAGACAAUCACUAAAGCAGCUGUUGCCUUCUAUGUUGUGGGACGUGUCCAGUCGUGCUUGGAAUGCUUCAAAGAUGGCUUAAGGACUUUGGGGUUGUUGGCCACUGUCCGACAACACCCAACAUUGUUUAAGGACAUUUUCUGUCAUCAGCCAAGCCCAUUGACAGCUGAGAGUGUUGAGGAUAUUUUCAAAUUCCAACUCGCGGAAAAGGAUUCAAACAAAUACGACACUGAUCUCAAAGUAAACGGAUGGUGGAGAGACUUCCUCCAAGAUGUCCAAGAGGGAGAUGCAGAAGAGGAGAAGAUUAGCAUUAGCCUUUCAGACAUUUUAAUAUUCGGCACCGGAGCAGCUCAAGUGCCGCCAUUGGGCUUCAUGCCCAUCCCUUCAAUUGAACUGUCAUAUCAAGCUCCUGUUGAUCCGGUAACAAAAAAAACCCUGACGCACUUCCCUACCUCUAAUACGUGCGCCAACUUGUUGCGGCUGCCUGCUACCCCGUAUUAUAGUACCUUCAAGGAAAACAUGGUGUUGGGAAUUGCCUGUUCCCCUGGAUUUGGAUUUGCCUGAGUUGUUCCAAUGAUACCUUUGACAGACCUACUAUCAAGGAUGACUGAAUGCCUUUGUCUUCAAAAUCAUAUGGUGCAUUCUGAACUUUUAGAGGAAACAAACAUGGACCAUUUCAGUUCCUCCGUCUUGUUUGCUUCAGCAACCCUGUCCAAACCUUGGGGUAAACUGAAGAUUCUCUUGUGCCCUUUGUGAUUUUCAUUGUUUUUCAGCAGACAAGAAAUUAAAGAACACACUAUUUGGAAAUACCUUGACGCUCUACAUUGGAGAUAGCAAAACUGAGAUUAGAUAGGAUCUUUCUGCUGCC